UUUCAACACUACUAUAUAACAAAUAAUAUGAGAUAACGAUAAACGAAUUAUGAAGCUGUUCGCAUGCCUCUUCUGUCUUGCAUCGAUUGCAGGAGUGCAGAGCAGUGAAUUUUUUGACGCCUACGAACAGCAGUACCUUGCUACGGUGGAGUUCAUUAAAGAAACCAUAACAGAAAUCUUAUCCGACGAUGGAACAGAUUUCCAGCCCCAAGUCAAGGAACUCAUAACCCUAGUUGAGUCUCAGCUCUGUCCAGAUGAAGACGCUGAAGAUAAUGCCGAGUGUGACUCUGGUUCCAACUGGCUGCUUGGAUGCAAGUGCACGAGCGAGUUUGCUGGUCUUGAAGGUAACUGCAAGAACACGCCCUGCAAGAUGAUUCAACAUUUCAAAGACAAUGCACCCAAAGCAAUGAGUGACUUCAUGGCUGCUAACAGUUACGAGGAGAUGAUGACGGUGGUCAUGAAUGUUGUGGAGGAGAUAUGGAGGAUUCUCUGUGAGUGUCGGGGUGUUGUUGAUGCUGCCAUCAGCUGUGCUCGUAAUUACGACGGUCUAGUCUUCAUCCUAUCUAGUUAUGAUAGGACCAACUUCGACGAGAUCGUGAACCACGUUGAAUGGGAGACUGCGAGGGGAAUAGUACACGGCUACCUUGAUGCAAUCUGCGGGGAAGAAAAUGGCGAGGACUGUCCGGCAGUGCUGAGCAAUUGGCAGGCAGGAAAUGGAAUCUUCUUUGACAACACCUUUAACGGAGUGGACACAUGUAUCUCUAUGAUCAGAGCUGAGAAGGAGACAAAAGCUUCUGUGGAUGCUAUGGUGUACGAAGAAGGCAUGGACAUGGAAUCUUAUAUUGAUGGGUGGGUGGAUGCGUACAUGAAGAUGGAGGAGAAGUUAAUAUGUGAUGCUGACUGUGCCGGGGAGAUGCAGGAACUGAUAUACUCCAGUUGCUGUGUUAAAAGAGCAGCAGAGAGGUUGUCUACAGAGACCAUGAAGACGAAGUACGUGAAGUUCUUCAAGAACAUUUGGAGGUUCAUCUACCCCGGAGAGGCUCCAGAACUGAAGAAUGCCGUGAAUAGGUUCAUGGAGAUGUACCGACCUGUCAGCUUCUGUGGAGCCAAAACAGAUGUUUACAGGACGAUGAACAAGCAGUGCAAUGCUAUCAAGGCUUAACCUCUCAGGACUGCAUAUGCUGAUAUAAAAUAUUCGAGUUUUAAAACUGUUUGUUAAACGAUUUUAUCAUCUCUGUAAAAUUUGGUAGAGUAUUUAUUUCAAGUUAAAAGCAAAUCUA